GACGUCAUUUCCGGGCUGAGGCCCCUGCGCCGCGCGGUCUCUCUCUCUCUCUCUCUCGUCUCCGGGGCAACGGGCAGCGCGCGGGCGGGAUGAGAUGAGCCGCGAGUGAGUGAGUGAGUGAGUGAGUGAGGACCCGGGCCGGGCCGGGCCGGACACGGGUUUAGGAGCCAUUGCUGUGGACGAAGAGACAGGGACGAGAGUGGCCAUUGAGGGUGGCCAGGAUGCCGGUGAGCCCCCCCCUGGUGGAGGACCACAUGACGGGGCAGAAGAAGAAGAAGCGUUGUGUGUGUGACGUGUGUGGCAAGGCCUGUUGGUGCCCGAGCCACCUGGAGACCCACCGGAGGGUUCACACGGGAGAACGCCCUUUCGACUGCUUGAGGUGCGACAAGAGCUUCAAGGCGGCGAGUGACCUGAAGAUCCACCAGCGAGUGCACACGGGCGAGAAGCCCUAUGGCUGCUCCACAUGCGGCAAGAACUUUGCCCAUUUGACGGGGCUGCGGGAGCACCGGUGGGUGCACAGCAGUGAGCGGCCCUUCAACUGCUCCGACUGCGGCAAAGGCUUCAAGUCACCCAAGGACCUGAAGGUGCACAGGCGCCUGCACACCGGGGAGCGGCCCUACACCUGCAGCUACUGCAGCAAAGGCUUCAACCAGUCCUGCAACCUGCUGCAGCACCAGCGAACCCACACUGGCGAGCGCCCCUUCACCUGCGUCCAGUGCGGCAAGAGAUUCACCCAGUCCAGCAGCCUGAUGGAUCACCAGCGGACCCACACCGGCGAGCGUCCCUACACCUGCGCCCAGUGCGGCAAGGGCUUCACUAAGUCCAGCAACCUGCAGGUACACCAGCGCACCCACACCGGCGAGCGCCCCUACACCUGUACCCAGUGCGGCAAGGGCUUCACCAGUUCCACCAGGCUGCUGUACCACCAGCGGGUGCACGCCGGCAAACGUCCCGUCCCCACCCCGGUGCGUGGAGAGCGCUUUGCCAUGGACUCCCACGCCCUGUCUCACCAGCACGUGCACACCAGUGGCCAGCCCUACGACUGCCCGUACUGUGGUGAGUCGUUUGACAGUUCGCGGGGGUUGCGGCAGCACCGGAAGUCCCACGCCGGCGAGCAGCUGCUCCCACUGUGACAAGAGAGCAUGGGGGCUGCGGGAGCAGCAGCGGAUACACACCAGAGAGAGACCCUUUGUGUGCGCUGAGUGUGGCAAGGGUUUCACCUGCAUGUCCAGCCUGUGGCAGCACCGGGGUACCCACAGCGGUGAGCGCCCCUUCACCUACCCACUCUGUGGCAAGGCCUUUGCCCGCUCUUCCAGCGUGCUGGCACACCUCCACGUGGAUAGGCGCCGUUCAGGUAAACACAAAAUGCUGGAAGGAAUGGGUAACGUUUCUGGUCGAGACCCUCCUCAGUCUCGCCCCGAAACGACACCCAUUAGUUCCCUCCAGAUAUGCUGCCUGUUCCUCUGAGUUACUCCAGCGUUAUGUGUCCUUUUUUGUAAACCAGUAUCAGCAGUUCCUUGUUUUUAAACCAUCCUGGUGAACCAUCUCUGCACCUUCCCCAAAGACUCCACAUCAGUCCUGUAAUGGAGUGACCAGAACUGUAUGCAAUACUCCAAAUGCUACCUGACCAAUGUCCUUAAAGCUGCACAUAUACAUUGCUCUCUCCUGAUAUCACUCCCUUUUAUCUUGCCUCUAUCACUUACUUCACUCAUCUGCCGAUCACCCCCUCAUCUGUUAACAUAGUGUCAUUCUGAAGAAGGGUCCCGACCUUAAAUGUCACCUAUCCAUGUUCUCCACAAAUGCUGCCUGACCCGCUGAGUCACUGCGGCACUUUGUGAAACAUCACCUAUUCAUGUUCGCCACAGAUGCUGUCUGACAUAGAAACAUAGAAAAUAGGUGCAUGAGGAGGCCAUAUAACCAUAUAACAAUUACAGCACGGAAACAGGCCAUCUCGGCCCUUCAAGUCCGUGCCAAACACUUAUUUUCCCUUUUUCCCAUCUACCUGCACUCAGACCAUAACCCUCCAUUCCUUUCCCGUCCAUAUAGCUGUCCAAUUUAUUUUUAAAUGAUAAAAUUGAACUCCAUCACUUCCACUGGAAGCCCAUUCCACACAGCUUGCACUCUCUGGGUAAAGAAGUUCUCCCUUAUGUUACCCCUAAACUUCUGUCCCUUAAUUCUCAAGUCAUGUCCUCUUGUUUGAAUCUUCCCUACUCGCAAUGGGAAAAGCUUAUCCACGUCAAAUCUGUCUAUCCCUCUCAUCAUUUUAAAGACCUCUAUCAAGUCCCCCCUUAACCUUCUGCGCUCCCAAGAAUAAAGACCUAAUUUGUUCAACCUCUCUCUGUAACUUAGUUGCUGAAACCCAGGCAACAUUCUAGUAAAUUUCCUCUGUACUCCCUCUAUUUUGUUGACAUCCUUCCUAUAAUUAGGCAACCAAAAUUGUAUGCCAUACUCCAGAGUUGACCUAACCAAUGCCUUGUACAAUUUUAACAUUACAUCCCAACUUCUAUGCUCAAUGCUCUGAUUUAUAAAGGCCAGCACACCAAAAGCUUUAUUUACCACCCUAUCUACAUGAGAUUCCACCUUCAUUCAGGGAACUAUGCACAGUUAUUCAUAGAUCCCUCUGUUCAACUGCAUUCCUCAAUUCUCUAUAAUUUACCAUGUACAUCCUAUUUUGAUUUGUCCUACCAAGAUAUAGCACCUCACACUUAUCAGCAUUAAACUCCAUCUGCCAUCUUUCAGCCCACCCCAUCCAAAUGGCCUAAAUCACUCUGUAGACUUUGAAAAUCUACUUCAUUAUCCAGAAGACCACCUAUCUUAGUAUCAUCUGCAUAAUUACUAAUCCAAUUUACCACACCAUCAUCCAGAUCAUUGAUGUACAUGACAAACAACAGUGGACCCAACACAGAUCCCUGAGGCACCCCACUAGUCACCGGCCUCCAACCUGACAAACAGCCAUCCACCAUUACUCUCUGGCAUCUCCCAUUAACAACCAUAUAACCAUAUAACAAUUACAGCACGGAAACAGGCCAUCUCCGUGCCGAACAACUUUUUUUCCCUUAGUCCCACCUGCCUGCACUCAUACCAUAAGCCUCCAUUCCCUUCUCAUCCAUAUGCCUAUCCAAUUUAUUUUUAAAUGAUACCAACGAACCUGCCUCCACCACUUCCACUGGAAGCUCAUUCCACACCGCUACCACUCUCUGAGUAAAGAAGUUCCCCCUCAUAUUACCCCUAAACUUCUGUCCCUUAAUUCUGAAGUCAUGUCCUCUUGUUUGAAUCUUCCCUAUUCUCAAAGGGAAAAACUUGUCCAUAUCAACUCUGUCCAUCCCUCUCAUCAUUUUAAAGACCUCUAUCAAGUCCCCCCUUAACCUUCUGCGCUCCAGAGAAUAAAGACCUAACUUAUUCAACCUAUCUCUGUUGAAUCCAUCUUGCUACUCCACUAUUAAUACCCAACAAUUGAAGCUUCUUAACCAACCUUCCAUGAGGAACCUUGUCAAAGGCCUUACUGAAGUCCAUAUAGACAACAUCCACUGCUUUACCCUCAUCAAUUUCCCUAGUAAUCUCUUCAGAAAAUUCAAGAAGAUUAGUCAAACAUGACCUUCCAGGCACAAAUCCAUGUUGACUGUUUCUAAUCAGAACCUGUUUAUCCAGAUACUUAUCUAUAUUAUCUCUAAGUAUCCUUUCCAUUAAUUUGCCCACCACUGACGUCAAACUAACAGGUCUAUAAUUGCUAGGUUUACUCUUAGAACCCUUUUUAAACAAUGGAACAACAUGUGCAGUACGCCAAUCCUCCGGCACUAUUCCCGUUUCUAAUGAUAUUUGAAAUAUUUCUGUCAUAGCCCCUGCUUUUUCUACACUAACUUCCCUCAAUGUCCUAGGGAAUAUCCUGCCAGGACCUGAAGACUUAUCCACUUUUAUAUUUUUCAAAAGUGUCGGUACUUCCUCUUCUUUGAAUCUCAUAGUUUCCAUGGCGACUCUACUUGUUUCCCUUACCUCACAUAAUGCAAUAUCCUUCUCCUUGGUGAAUACUGAAGAAAAGAAAUUGUUCAAUAUCUGCCCCAUCUCUUUUGGCUCUGCAGAUAGCUGUCCACUCUGACUCUCUAAUGGACCAAUUUUAUCCCUCGUUAUCCUUUUGCUAUUAAUAUAGCUGUAGAAACCCUUUGGAUUUAGUUUCACCUUACUUGCCAAAGCAACCUCAUAUCUUUUAGCUUUUCAAAUUUAUUUCUUAAGAUUCUUUUUACAUUUUUUAUACACCUCAAGCACCUCAUUUACUACAUGCUGCCUAUAAUUAUUGUAGAUCUCUCUCUUUUUCCGAACCAAGUGACCAUUCGGCCCUUCGAGCCAGCAUCGCCAUUCAUUGUGAUUAUGGCAGAUCAUCCCCUAUAAAUAACUCGUGCCUGCCUUCUCCCAAUAUCCCUUGACUCCACUAGCCCCUAGAGUAUCUAACUCUCUCUGAAAUCCAUCCAGUGACUUGGCCUGCACUGCCCUGUGUGGCAGGGAAUUCCAUACAUUCACAACUCUGGGUGAAAAAGUUGUUUCUCACCUCAGUCUUAAAUGACCUCCCCUUUAUUCUAAGACUGUGGCCCCUGGUUCUGGACUCACCCAACAUUGGGAACAUUUUUCCUGCAUCUAGCUUGUCCAGUCCUUUUAUAAUAAUAUAUGUUUCUAUAAGAACCCCCUCAUCCUUCUAAACUCCAGUGAAUUCAAGCCUAGUCUUUUCAAUCUUUCCUCGUAUGACAGUCCCCGCCAUCCCAGGGAUCAAUCUCGUGAACCUACGCUGCACUGCUUCAAUCACAAGGAUGCCCUUCCUCAAAUUAGGAGACCAAAACUACACAAUACUCCAGAUGUGGUCUCACCAGAGCCCUAUACAACUGCAGAAGAACCUCUUUACUCCUAUACUGAAAUCCUCUUGUUAUGAAGGCCAACAUUCCAUUAGCUUUCUUCACUGCCUGCUGUACCUGCAUGCCAACUUUCAGUGACCGGUGUACAAGGACACCCAGGUCUUGCUGUACCUCCCCCUUACCUAACCUAACCCCAUUGAGAUAAUAAUCUGCCCCUUUGUUUUUGCUGCCAAAGUGGAUAACCUCACAUUUAUCUAUGUUAUACUGCAUCUGCCACGCAUCUGCCCACUCACUCACCCUGCAACCUCCUAAUAUCCUCUUCACAGUUCACACUGCCACCCACCUUUGUGUCAUCUGUAAACUUGCUUAUGUUGCUCCUAAUUCCCUCUUCCAAAUCAUAAAUAUAUAUGGUAAAUUGUUGCGGCCCCAACACCAAGCCUUGGGGCAAUCCAUUCGCCACUGCCUGCCAUUCUGAAAAGGACCCGUUCACUCCUACUCUUUGCUUCCGGUCUGCCAACCAAUUUUCUAUCCAUGUCAACACCCGACCCCCAAUACCAUGUGCUCUAAUUUUAGUCACCAGUCUCCCAUGUGGGACCUUAUCAAAGACUUUCUGAAAGUCUAGAUAUACUACAUCCACUGGCACCCCUUCAUCCAUUUUACUUGUCACAUCCUCAAAAAAUUCCAGAAGAUUAGUCAAGCAUGAUUUCCCUUUCAUAAAUCCAUGUUGACUUGGACUAAUCCUUUUACUGCUAUCCAAAUGCCCCAUUAUUACCUCAUUAAUAACUGACUCCAGCAUCUUUCCCACCACCAAAGUCAGGCUAACUGGUCUGUAAUUCCCCGUUUUCUCUCUCGCUCCUUUCUUGAAAAGUGGGAUAACCUUAUCCUCCAAUCCACAGGAACUGGUCCUGAAUCUAUUGAAGAUUGGAAAAUGAUCAGCAAUGCAUCCACUAUUUCUAGAGCCACCUCCCUGAGGACCCUGGGAUGCAGACCAUCAGGUCCAGGGGAUUUAUCAUCCUUCAGUCCCAUUAGCCUACCCAAUACUAUUUCUCGCCUAAUGAAAAUUUCUUCCAGUUCCUCUACCCCCUUAGAUCCUCUGUCCUCCAGUACAUCUGGGAGAUUGUUUGUGUCUUUCUUAGUGAAGACAGAUCCAAAUUACCUGUUCAACUCUUCUGCCAUUUCCUUGGUGCCCAUAAUAAUUUCACCCGUCUGCCUUCAAGGGACCCACAUUUCACUUUGCUAUUCUUUUCCCCAUAACAUAUGUAAAGAAGCUUCUACUGUCCUUCUUUAUAUUCAUAGAAACAUAGAAAAUAGGUGCAGGAGUAGGCCAUUCGGCCCUUCGAGCCUGCACCGCCAUUCAGUAUGAUCAUGGCUGAUCAUCCAACUCAGUAUCCCGUACCUGCCUUCUCUCCAUACCCCCUGAUCCCAUUAGCCACAAGAGCCACAUCUAACUCCCUCUUAAAUAUAACCAUAUAACAAUUACAACAGGCCAUCUCGGCCCUACAAGUCCGUGCCGAACACUUAUUUUCCCUUAGUCCCAUCUACCUGCACUCAGACCAUAACCCUCCAUUCCUUUCCCAUCCAUAUACCUAUCCAAUUUAGUUUUAAAUGAUAAAAUCGAACCUGCCUACACCACUUCCACUGGAAGCUCAUUCCACACAGCUACCACUCUCUGAGUAAAGAAGUUCCCCCUCAUGUUACCCCUAAACCUCUGUCCCUUCAUUCUGAAGUCAUGUCCUCUUGUUUGAAUCUUCCCUACUCUCAAUGGGAAAAGCUUAUCCACGUCAACUCUGUCUAUCCCUCUCAUCAUUUUAAAGACCUCUAUCAAGUCCCCCCCUUAACUUUCUGCGCUCCAAAGUAUAAAGACCUAACUUAUUCAACCUUUCUGUGUAACUUAGUUGCUGAAACCUAGGCAACAUUCUAGUAAAUCUCCUCUGUACUCUCUCUAUUUUGUUGACAUCCUUCCUAUAAUUGGGCGACCAAAAUUGUACACCAUACUCCAGAAUUGAUCUCACCAAUGCCUUGUACAAUUUUAACAUUACACCCCAACUUCUAUACUCAAUGCUCUGAUUUAUAAACGCUAGCACAGCAAAAGCUUUUUUUACCACCCUAUCUACAUGAGAUUCCACCUUCAGGGAACUAUGCACAGUUAUUCCUAGAUCCCUCUGUUCAACUGCAUUCCUCAAUUCGCUACCAUUUAUAACCAUAUAACAAUUACAGCACGGAAACAGGCCAUCUCGGCCCUACAAGUCCGUGCCGAACAAAUUUUUUUUCCCCCUAGUCCCACCUGCCUGCACUCAUACCAUAACCCUCCAUUACCUUCUCAUCCAUAUGCCUAUCCAAUUUAUUUUUAAAUGAUACCAAUGAACCUGCCUCCACCACUUCCACUGGAAGCUCAUUCCACACCGCUACCACUCUCUGAGUAAAGAAGUUCCCCCUCAUAUUACCCCUAAACUUCUGUCCCUUAAUUCUGAAGUCAUGUCCUCUUGUUUGAAUCUUCCCUAUUCUCAAAGGGAAAAGCUUGUCCACAUCAACUCUGUCUAUCCCUCUCAUCAUUUUAAAGACCUCUAUCAAGUCCCCCCUUAACCUUCUGUGCUCCAGAGAAUAAAGACCUAACUUAUUCAACCUAUCUCUGUAACUUAGUUGUUGAAACCCAGGCAACGUUCUAGUAAAUCUCCUCUGUACUCUCUAUUUUGUUGACAUCCUUCCUAUAAUUGGGCGACCAAAAUUGUACACCAUACUCCAGAUUUGGUCUCACCAAUGCCUUGUACAAUUUUAACAUUACAUCCCAGCUUCUAUACUCAAUGCUCUGAUUUAUAAAGACUAGCAUACCAAAAGCUUUCUUUACCACCCUAUCUAUAUGAGAUUCCACCUUCAAGGAACUAUGCACGGUUAUACCCAGAUCCCUCUGUUCAACUGUAUUCUUCAAUUCCCUACCAUUUACCAUGUACGUCCUAUUUUGAUUUGUCCUGCCAAGGUGUAACACCUCACAUUUAUCAGCAUUAAACUCCAUCUGCCAUCUUUCAGCCCAUUUUUCCAAAUGGCCUAAAUCACUCUGUAGACUUUGGAAAUCCUCUUCAUUAUCCACAACACCCCCUAUCUUGGUAUCAUCUGCAUACUUACUAAUCCAAUUUACCACACCUUCAUCCAGAUCAUUGAUGUACAUGACAAACAACAAAGGACCCAACACAGAUCCCUGAGGCACCCCACUAGUCACCUGCCUCCAACCCGAUAAACAGCCAUCCACCAUUACCCUCUGGCUUCUCCCAUUCAGCCACUGUUGAAUCCAUCUUGCUAUUCCUGCAUUUAUUCCCAACAGUUGAACCUUCUUAACCAACCUUCCAUGAGGAACCUUGUCAAAGGCCUUACUAAAGUCCAUAUAGACAACAUCCACUGCUUUACCCUCGUCAAUUUCCCUAGUAACCUCUUCAAAAAAUUCAAGAAGAUUAGUCAAACAUGACCUUCCAGGCACAAAUCCAUGUUGACUGUUCCUAAUCAGACCCUGUUUAUCUAGAUGCUUAUAUAUAUUAUCUCUAAGUAUCUUUUCCAUUAAUUUGCCCACCACUGACGUCAAACUAACAGGUCUAUAAUUGCUAGGUUUACUCUUAGAACCCUUUUUAAACAAUGGAACAACAUGCGCAGUACGCCAAUCCUCGGGGACUAUUCCCGUUUCUAAUGACACUUACCAUGUACAUCCUAUUUUGAUUUGUCCUGCCAAGAUGUAGCACCUCACACUUAUCAGCAUUAAACUCCAUCUGCUAUCUUUCAACCCAUUCUUCCAAAUGGCCUAAAUCUCUCUGUAGACUUUGGAAAUCUACUUCAUUAUCCACAACAUCACCUAUCUUAGUAUCAUCUGCAUACUUACUAAACCAAUUUACCACCCCAUCAUCGAGAUCAUUGAUGUACAUGACAAACAACAGUGGACCCAGCUUCCUGGCCAGCUUCCCUUCAUACUUCAUCUUUGCAGCCCGUAUUGCCCGUUUUGUUUCCUACUUUUGUCCUAUGAAAGUUUCCGAGUCCUCUGGCUUCCGGCUACUCUUUGCUGUGUUAUACAUCUUUUCUUUUAGUUUUAUUCUAUCCCUAACGUCUCUUGUCAACCACGGUUGCCUCCUACUCCCCUUGAAAUGUUUCUUCCUUUUUGGAAUGAAAUAAUCUUGCGUCUUCCGGAUUAUGCCCAGAAUUUCCUGACAUUGCUGUUCCACCGUCAUUCCUGCUAGGAUCUCUUUCCCGUCUACCUUGGCCAGCUCCCCUCUCAUGCCUUCAUAGUCCCCUUUGUUCAACUGCAACACUGACACUUCCGAUUUAACUUUCUCCUCAAAUUGCAGAUUAAAACUAAUCAUGUUAUGAUCACUACCUCCGAGCGGUUCCUUUACCUCAAGUUCUCUUAUCAUAUCUGGUUCAUUGGACAACACUAAAUCCAGAAUUACCUUUUCUCUGGUCGGCUCCAUUACAA